AUGGAUGACCCAUCACACCCUGAGAGACAACUGAGUCAGAGUCGACCUCAGACUCCUACCGAGCAGCAUCCAUCGACAUCACCGAUACCAGGGGCGUACUCCUCAGACCCAGUGACACACCCAUACCACACCUCCUCAACCAGCCUACAAUCGGAAGCAAGUCAGGAAGCGAAGAAGAAGGGUCUUUGGGGGAAGGUGAAGGAAGCCCUCUCAACCUCUGGGAUGAGGAAGGGAGGAGGCUCCAAAGCUUCCUCGAGAAUGACAGGGGUGGGGAAGAAGGAGCUGACCCCUAUUCCUGAAGUGAGUGGCUCGCCACAGAAGCCGACACUCACAGGACAAGAAUUGAUGACUUUGGAGACAGCAAUGGAGAGCUUGAGCUUGGGGCCUCCAUCGCAAAUCCCACCGGAACAGAUUAUGGCAAGUCCACUGGACACUGAGUGGCUAAAACUAGCAAGGGAAAGGAACGAGCAGUACCAGUUGCCUGGUAUCCUCGGAUGGUGA